CUAUCAUCUCAUUGCACUUAGCAAAAGAGAGAUAGAGCGAGAGCGGAAUGAGGCCUACAAGCAACUCCACAGCAAGUUGUGGUGGUGUUGGAUUCUGGCACUGGAACUCUCCCAUGCCUUUCCUCUUUGGUGGGCUGGCACUCGUGUUGGGACUCAUCACUGUUGCCUUGAUAAUCCUCGCCUGCUCCUACAGGAGGUCUUUGUCCAAUUCAGCAACACAGGCUCAUGAUGAAGAGAAACCAGUCAAGCAAGUAGAAGACUCUGAGCCAAAGAUUGUAGUGAUCAUGGCUGGUGAUGAGAAUCCUAAAUACUUGGCUAAGCCGAAGCCUAUCUCUUGCAAUUGCUACAAUGAAGAACGAGUUUAAGUUCUACGCAGUCUCAAGACACCCUUCUCUUUCUUUUUUUUUUUGUUUUUUUUCUUUUCUCGCAUCAAUUUUGAGUUGCUGGCGGAAAAUGUAAAGUGAUGAGUGUGACGAGGAUGAUAUUUUCAGGAUGCAUAUAUAUAUAAAUAUAUUUCAGGAUUUUUGUACCAAAUCACGCGAUGGAUUCAAUUUCAAUCUUCUCAAUAUCA